GCGGGCGGGGUCCCGCUCCCCCUCCUACUACGGCCUGGGCCUAACCCCUCCCCCAGGCGCUCAUUGGCCCGCACCCCAGCCCCCAGCCUGCGAAGUGCGCAGAGGGGGGGCGGGGAGGGGGUGGUCGGUCGCCUCCCUCCCGCCCAGAGCCUGGCUUCGCGGCGGAGGCGGCGCCUCUCCCGCAGGGUAGACUCCGCUGGGCGGGCGUGGGGCGCCGCGCUCGGGCCCCGGGCCGUGACUGACAGCAGCGGCUUUAGGCGAGCGCGGUCCCCGCGUGCGCACACGCACACGCACGCGCCACCGGCAGGGACCCACGGCCACGGGCCGCUGGCUGACACACAGACGCGGAGACCCGGGAUCGGCACUCGCUCCUCAGGGCACAAGCUCCGCAUCCCCGGGCGACGCGGGACGCGGACUGGCAGCUGCGCGCGCCCUCCCUGCGGAGUCUGCCCCGGGCCGAGUCGCAGCACGCAGCCCGGUGGCGAGGCCCCGCGGAGAUCAGCCCUAGCCACCUCGGGGCUGACCGGCGGCUGCUCUGAGUGGGAGGCGAGCGGGGCUGGCCUGAGCCUCCAUUCCAGCUGAGAAGCGUCCAGGCCAACGUCAUGCAGGCCUCCCUGGCCGCCCUCCUUCUGCUGCCGAUGACCACCGCCAUGCACUUCAACUGCAUCCUGAAGGAGGAGAAAGCCAUGUGUCUGCAGAAGAUCCAGAGGGAGAAGGAACAGCUGGGCUUGAACGACUCCUCCCCAGGCUGCCCCGGGAUAUGGGACAACAUCACGUGUUGGAAGCACGCCCAGGUGGGCGAGAUGGUCUUCAUCACCUGCCCCAAGGUCUUCCAGAUCAUCUAUCCAGACCAAGUCUGGGAGACGGAAGCCAUCGGAGACCUUGAUUUCGCAGACAUCAACUCCUUGAAUCUCUCAGGCAUGCGGGUGAUAGGCCGGAACUGCACGGAGGACGGCUGGUCGGAGACGUUCCCUCAUUAUUUCGAUGCCUGUGGGUUUGACGAGGAGUACAACGAGACCGGGGACCAGGACUCCUACUACCUGUCGGUGAAGGCUCUGUACACGGCCGGCUACAGCACGUCCCUCGUGUCCCUCACCACGGCCAUGGUCAUCCUGUGUCGCUUCCGGAAGCUGCACUGCACGCGCAACUUCAUCCACAUGAACCUGUUCGUGUCCUUCAUGCUGCGGGCCAUCUCCGUCUUCAUCAAGGACUGGGUCCUCUAUGAGGAGCACGACAGCAGCCACUGCUUCAUCUCCUCGGUGGAGUGCAAGGCCGUCAUGGUUUUCUUUCACUACUGCGUCGUGUCCAACUACUUCUGGCUGUUCAUCGAGGGCCUGUACCUCUUCACCCUGCUGGUGGAGACCUUCUUCCCCGAGAGGAGAUACUUCUACUGGUACACCAUUAUUGGCUGGGGGACCCCAACCCUGUGCGUGUCGGUGUGGGCCGUGCUGAGGCUCUACUUUGAUGACACAGGCUGCUGGGACAUGAAUGACAGCACAGCUCUGUGGUGGGUGAUCAAAGGCCCCGUGGUCGGCUCCAUCAUGGUGAACUUUGGGCUCUUCGUUGGCAUCAUCUUCAUCCUGGUGCAGAAACUUCAGUCUCCAGACAUGGGAGGCAAUGAGUCCAGCAUCUACUUCAGCUGCGUGCAGAAAUGCUACUGCAAGCCAGAGCGGGCUCAGCAGCACUCUUGCAAGAUGUCAGAACUGUCCGCCAUCACUCUACGGCUGGCCCGGUCCACGCUGCUGCUCAUCCCACUGUUCGGGAUCCACUACACGGUGUUCGCCUUCUCGCCGGAGAACGUCAGCAAGAGGGAGAGGCUGGUGUUCGAGCUGGGGCUGGGCUCCUUCCAGGGCUUCGUGGUGGCCGUCCUCUACUGCUUUCUGAACGGGGAGGUGCAGGCGGAGAUCAAGCGUAAGUGGCGGAGCUGGAAGGUGAAUCGCUACUUCGCCGUGGACUUCAAGCACCGGCACCCAUCCCUGGCCAGCAGUGGGGUGAACGGGGGCACCCAGCUCUCCAUCCUGAGCAAGAGCAGCUCCCAGAUCCGCAUGUCCGGCCUCCCAACUGACAACCUGGCCACCUGAGCACCCCCCUGCCCUCCUCGCCUCCACUCACAGGCUGGGGCUGCAGGCGGGCGCCGGCCACGCAUGCUGUGCCUCUUCUCUCCCUUCGGGCAGGCCCGGGGCUGGAAGCGGGGCUCCCUGAGGGGGGAGAAGGAUGCAGGUGCAGAUGGGUAUGUCCCCCCUCUUCCCGUUGGGGCGCUGGCCCCACCCACCAUGGGCCCCUGGGCCCUGACCCCAGACAUGUAAAUACUCCUCAAAUCUGGAAAAGUCAUCCCAUCUUCAUCCCGUCGUCCACCAGUGUCCCUCUCACCUUGGUCUGGUUCCAGUGCCCCCUACCCCGUCGCCACCAGCCCCAGCGACCACCUGGCCCGUGGUGAGGCUGAAGAUCUUGCUCUGGGGGUGCAGGUGGGGCCUGCUGGACAGACUCUUGACUGUGUGACUCUCCGUGUGGACCCCCCCCAGCCUGCCCUUUCCCCCCCGGGCCCUUCCCAGGCCUGGCCCAGCCUCGGGGGCCAGCAGAGGUGCCACGUGGGCGGCCAGAGCAUCCUUCCCUGCACACCGGCCGUGAAGGUCUCCCGUGUGUGGUGUCCGGGUGCCCAGCUCCUGGGUGUCAGGCCAGUGGGGCAGCUUUAGGCCCCUUCCCCUCUGAGGCUGCAGUGUGAGGGGGCGCUAAAGGUCAGGGAAAGUUCUGGUGCUUUUCAUUUGGCCCGAGGGAAAUUGCCGAGCUGGAAAUGUGGAUAUGACCGGGAAGGAUGCAGAAGGACCUGUGGAAGAAGACCGUCACCAUCUCCAUUACUGUCCCCCCGGCUCACGGAGGGCGGGGUUCGUCUGGUAGCCACUCUCUUGCCCCUCCUGCCCCAGGCAUCAGCUGUAGAAGGUGAGAGGAGCCUCAGAGAAACUGCCCCCCCCAGCCACGCCUUCCCCGUAGAAUCCCUGAGCCCUCCCACCCUCACUUUCCUUUAAGUCAAAGCCAUGAUUGGGAUGAGCCAGACACCUUCCAGUGAUGUCAGUGAAUCCUUACACCUCCAUGGGCCCAAGUCCAGGGCCCAGGGCCCCUCCCCACCCCCAGCGCCACUCCCAUGCACAAUGAGGAGCCCCGGCCACCAGCUCCUUCCGAGACCUCUGCAAAGACCACCCUCUCUGUGCACUCUUGGAAUCACCACGGGAGGACAAGGAGGUGUCAGAGGUGUCUCAGAUGCUGAAGGGAAGCCACGCCCACCAGGCCUGUUAGCAGAAGAGCAGGCACCCCAGUGCCUGUCCGGGCUCCCCACGGCCAGCCUGAGAAUAAAACAGGCCAGAGCCCGGUUCCGGGAGGUGGAGGAAAGUGCCGGAGUGCCAUGUCCCGUGGGUGGGGCCGGCUUCGUGUCAUCGGCUUUUGGUGUUCCCGUUCUGUUUGUCUGUGAACUUGUUUCGUGAUCACGUUGGGGGAGGGGAAUGUUGCUUUGCCUGGUUUUAGAAAGAGGAAGGGGGUGGGGGCUGGUGGGGCCGCUCACUUCUGGAGCGGCCUGCAGGGCGACUGGAGAGGGCUUCGCUGCGCGGUUUAGAGAACUGUGGACCCUGGGUCUGUGGCGAGGCCGGAGCAGGAAGGGAGCUGCCUGCUGUUGCCCGGGCAGCCUGCGGCUGAGGCUGGCCAGUGGUGUGCCGCAGUCCUUCCAUCUGGCACCAGGCCCCGUGAGACCUGUGUGUUACUCAAGUGGGUGUCCCCGGUCACCUUGCACUUGGGGCCCCGCUGAGGGGCCUGGUCUGCUUGGCAGGGGCCACGGGCUGGGAUUCGGAGAUGGAGGAUCUGCCCCUGUCGGCCUCAGACCAGGAGACUGCGGACAGAGCAGUCCUUGUCUGGGUGGGCCCCAGUUUCCCCGCUGCCAAGGGGAGGGGCCCUCGGAUGCUUCUGCGGGUUCUGCAUGCCCGCCACUCUCCAGUUCGAGUCUGAGGCGGGGAAAGGGUGUGUGCCAUUGUGUGUAUCGCCCAAGGUUUUGAUGUGUAUGUUUGCAUGUGUGUAUGUGGGGGGGGGCACUGUUUAUUCUUGGAAGUGGAACGCCUGUCUCUUUUAUUUGGACUCCACACUGGACACUGGGGGGCCGGAGGGAAAGGUCAGGCCCGGGACCACUGGCUGGGUGCUCCGGCAUGGUGUGGGCAGGGACCCCAGGGCGCCGAGACUGGGCGGGCAGUGGUCACAUCCAGAUGCCGGGAGCAGCCCUGACUAUGGGCCUUAUUUCCACACCCUCGCCGCCCUCAGCGGGUCUGCCACACUGCGGAAGGCGAGGCUUGGACUUUUUGUGCAGAGACCGUCACAAAACAGCAGAAACGCAAAUCCCUGAACCCCACGUGCUGCCCGUCUGAGCCCUGGGCCCGGGUCCUCGCAGAGGCUCCAGGUUCCCGCUGGUUUGUCAGUUUGCUCUUCUCUCUGAACCGACGCCCGCCAGGCUCGCAAGCAGCGGUACCUGCCGCGCUCUCCAUGCCCCGGGCAGGGCAGCGGCCUCCGGAGGCACAGGCAGCAGGAGGCCGGCAUGAAGUCUGGGUGAACCCUCCCCUCUCUGAUCCCUUGUUUCCAAGUCUGUGACACGGGCAGCGAGACUGGAUGGUUUGUGCGGCCCGGGGCACCCCGGGGGCUCUGUCUAAACACCAGUUGCCCGCUGGGGACAGGCCCUGGGCAAGGAUGCGGUCGUUGCCUGGUCCUGAGAGGGUGGGAAAGCACACUGAGGGAGGGGCGGCCGAGGGCCCGGGGCGGGGGAGGCCGGAGAGGAGUACAGGUUCCGACUGCAUGACUCUAGAAGGUCAUUAUCACAAGGGAAGUUGCAUUUCUUCCAUGCGACCCCAUAGGAGAGAGUGUGCCCGGGGAAGGCUGAAUUCUCCUUGGGAGGAGGAAGUCUCUCAUGCUCCGUCUUGGGUGUCUCAGCACGGCAGUGUCGGGAAUGUCCCCAGCCUUGGGGGAGGUGGCACUCCAGGUGAGGGGUGCUGAGGCUGUCAGGGAGCCCAGGAGGGGUCAGAGUGUGAGGUUUGGGGGGUUCAGUGGCUCUGGUGGCCCCUGGCACUGUGGACUUCAUGACUGUCCCACGUCUGAGGCCAGGCCACAUUCUCUGUCUCAGCGACCCUCCUUGACACACUUGGGGGUCUGCAGUGAUUCCUGCUCCAGUCCCCCCACGGCCGGCACUGGUGACUCCGGGGACUGAGCCCAAGUUGCUGGGGCCAGGCCCAAGGCUUGCCCUAUGCCUGAGUCCAGCAUCUCCUGCCGAGAGCGCUGGCUCUCCUCCUCCUUCUGACCCCUUCCCUUCCUGAAGGAAAGCGGAAGAGGCUUUCUUUGUUAUUCUGGGGGUCCCCCUGACCCCCUCACGGCCACUCCAGAGGGAAAGCAGGGAGUGCUCUGUCACCGUCAAUUCCUGCUUGAGCCUAGUGACCACGGAGACCUCCGGGGGGCCCCUGAGCGGGGAGCGGAGGGCCUGGGUUUCUCCCAGCUUUGCAGCUGACCUGUUUGACCUUGACUCGUUCCCCAUGUAUCUUUGGGGAGACUCCAAGCACUAGAGCGGGGAGGAACUUGAGAUCUGCAGGUCAGACCUCCCCACUGGGCUGACGAAGAAACACCGGCGGGCCUGGCCUGGUGCCUGCUGCCGUGCUGGGACCCAGUGCGCUUUGCAGAUGUGAGGACAGGGGCCCGCCCACAGGUGCCCAGUCCCGCAUAGGAGCCCAAGCGAGACCCUCAGAAAAGCUUCUGUAAACAUGGUCAGCCUUGUGCAGCUUGCGAGGGGCUCUGGCUACACAGGUUGUUAGUGUAUUCCAGAGGACAGGAGAGGCAGCGGAGCCACUGUGAUGUCGGGGGACUGCCCGCUGCCCUGGGCCUCAGCCCUCGCCCUGUGUGCCAGGGCGGAACUCUCGGGGCCUCUGCUUCCUAAUCCGACAAAUGGGAGGACGUGAUUGGAGUUCGGUCCUGUGGGACAGGGAUGGGGUUGAAGUGAGAUGCCCUGUGGGCGAGUGGGCUUUGGUCACCACACCGGGGUGGGCUGGUGAUCGGGGUGAAGACCCCACAGGGUACCCUGUGCUAUUCGCCAACAGCUUGGCACCCUCCUAAAUGAAGCUUUGUCCCAUCUGUAAAAACCACCAGCACCGGAGGGAAGGUGGAGGCCAGGCCUCCUCCGACAGACACAGGAUUGCAGCUUUGUCUCCGUCUGCUGACUCAGUCUGUUCUUGGGGUUGGGAUAAGGAGGCUUCCGUGUGGGUAAUGCCAGCGUUUCCCUGCCACUUCCACGGAAAUCCUUUAAAGCUUGGGGACGUCCCUGCAGUGGGCUGAGCGCCCAGUCCUUCUCCUCUCCUUGAACUUGAGUCCUGGGACGUGUCUGUGCUUAGCCUUGCGUGUCUUGUCCUGUGUCCGUCUUCUGUAGCUCCGCCUCCAUGAGGGCUGGGGCGGGGCAAGCCCUGGCGUUCCAGACGUGGCCCCCGGGGUCCCUCGGGGCAGAGGGGCAGCCCGGGUUUCCUCUCCCACGGCCAAGACCAGCCACACAGACCUCCUGCUCCCGCCGCCGCCGCCAUUAAUGCUGUGCGCACAACCUUGUCUGGGACUUUACGGGCGUCACACUGCUGUAGACGACUCAAUAAACGUCUUAUCAUUUUUC